AACACUGUUAUGUAUUAUGUGAGAUUUUGUAAUCAAAAGUAUGAUAGAAAACGUAUGAGAGUGAUUACUCCGGUAUUAUUUAUCAGCAAAGUUUGCUAAAAAAUGGAAGAAUCUACAAAAGAAAAUAUUGUUGAGAAAGAAGUAAAUCUGAAUUGUUCUUCUGUUUCUUUAAAUGAAUCUCCAAAAAAAUGUAAUCUGUCGUUUUCAUUUAACUUUGAUUUUGAUGAUGUGAACAAUGAUGAAUCGUCUGACUCUGAAACUCCAGACUUACAAAUUGACGUCUCUGAAGUUGACAAUUAUGAGCCUUCAAGUAAACAUAAAAGAGAUGCUGUUGAAGAAACUUGUUCAGUCAUUAAUGAGAUGGAAGAAGAAAUUGAAAGGCAACUUGAUGCUAAAGCAGCUAAAAUUAAUCUUACAGCUACCAAUGUAAAGAAUAUCUUAAAGCAUGUUAUUACCAAUGAACAUGUAAUGGCAAUGGUUAAAAAUCGUCUUUAUGAUACAGAAGAUGAUGUACUUUUUGAACCAAAAUUAACAAGAGCAAAGGCCAAAGAAUUAGCAGCAGCUCAAGUUAAUAUACCAUGGCCAAUAACUUCAGUGAAAAAAGCUUCAUCAGAAGUACAAGUACUUAUUGAAGAAGAAUUACCAGAAGAUUCUUCUGAUGAAGAGUACAAUCCAGAACAAGAUAAACAAAGUGAUGAUGAAAGAGAAGCAGAAAAUUCUACAAAUAGCGAUGUAGAGUCUCAACCAUUAACACCGUUAAAUCAAUGCGAUACAUUUGGAGUUGAACAAGAUAAAUCAUCGAAUGUUCAGUACGAUCCAGAAGGAAUUUUUAAAAUUCCAAAUAUACCUCAUGUUCCAACAGAAGAAGAAAGUAUUGGUCAAAGAACACGUUCAAAACUUUGCUUGAGUGAAACACCUUUAGAACAGAUUGAACAGGCAUUUAUACCACCUGAUAUAACGACUGAUAUGUAUGAUUGGGAUUGUGAGGUAGAUGAAGAUUGGGAUAACUUUUUAAAAGAAUUCACUCAACCGUUAACUCAAGAACCUACAACAGAAGAUGAUCCAGAAGCAGAUCCAGAAUAUAAUAUUUUAGAAGAUGAAGAAACAGAUUUUCUUGAUAAAGAAGAACUACGAGCUGAUAAAGCUGUAAAAGUUACCCGGAAGGAAUUAAAUAACUUGAUCGCAGAAUUAUUCGAAUUUACUGAUGCCUUCUCGAAAGAAGAACAGGAAAUUUCAAAAAAAAGAAAGUCGUCAGAAAAUAUAAAUUCUUCUGCUGAAAAUAAUAUUAUGAAUUGUUCUGUAACAGACUUACUACCUGCUUAUAAAGAGCCUGAGAUUCCUAAUUUAAUAAAUUCUGAGCAGCGAGAAUUAUUAGCAAUUCAAUUUCAGCAACAUGUUCAGUUAACUGUACAACAUUUUGCUAUGACAUACAUGCAUCCAGAUUUACAUGCACAUUCAAAAACAUGCAAGCAGCUUAUAAACAGUGUAAAGUAUUUAAGCAAUGGUCCUAAUUCUGCAUUUAAUGCAACAAAUUUACCAGAUGCUUUAAAAUUAGUGUCUGAUUGGGAAAAUAAAUUUUUGGAUAAUAAAUUCUACGAAGAUUUUAAAAAAACUUUUGCAGAUGAGGAUGCAAUUAAAAAGAUAUAUCAAUCAAAUAAAUGGAAAUACGUUCCCAAAUUUCAUCCCGAUUUAAAAAAGUUAUUUUUAGAAAGUAAAGCUUUAAUGUAUCCGCAACUUUUACCUCAAAUACCUUUUCGAAGUGAAUUAAUGAAAUUCGUACGUUCUCCGUACCUAAAAUCUGAAGAAAAUUUAAUCGCAUUAGGUUUAGAACAGUUUAUCCCUUUUGUUGCAUCAAAGCCAAGAAAAUUUAAAAGUAAAAAGGCUCAAUUUAUAGAUGCAAUUCAAUUAAUUAUUCAGUAUUUAGUACCAUGUAGAGAACCUCAAGGAGUUCUUUUUCAUGUUCAAAAAAGGCGUUAUGCGAAAGAAGCGAAUCCAAUAAAGUAUUAUUUCGAAAAAGGCUCUGCUCCUAGAACAAUACAUUACAUAACGUUAGAAUGCGAUCUUAGAGCACCUAAAGAUCAACCAAUAAAUCUUUUACCCGUAGAAUGGCAAACUUAUCUUAAUAAUACAGAGCAAAAAAUUGAUUUACUUAAACGAAAACAUAUAUUGAAUUCAUAUAACGAUCUUGUGAAAAAGAAUUGUUCAACAAGCGAAAAUAAUAAAAAUUUCACCGCUACUUCCAAUACUCAAUCUUUAUGUAACCCAAAUGUUAAUGAAUUACCAAAGAUAUUACCUGCAAAUAUCAAUAAAAAAACAGAAAGUAAAGCUAUAACAGAAGACAAUUCAAAAGUAAAUGAAAAUACUUACUCUAAUGACCUGACAAAAACACCAACAAAUAAAACAAAUGCUGUAUUACAUCAUUCUGAUAUGGUAUGUAAUAAAGAGCAUAUAUUACAUGAAAAUAAUUUUUCGAAAACCACAAUCACAGAAAACGAUAAAGAAAAAAACAUAGAUGAAAAUAUUGAAAUCGUUCAAAACGACGAAUUUCUAAAUUCAAAAAGUAGUAAACUUUCUAAAAAAUCUGACGUGGUACAAGAGUUACCUCCGUUAAGAAAGACUACGCCUAGAUUAGCAAAGACAAGAAGUGCUCAAAAUAUGAAGUUAAUGGCCCAAGUUUUAGGAUCGAAAGGAUUAUCAUCUAAUUAUAAUACUUUAAAAACCAAAGAGAAAAGCGAGUUAGAUAAAAACUCAGAGAAAGUGUUAAGCUUGCCAAAAAUUGAUAGUGAGGAGGAAAUAGCAGAAUUAAUGUUAGCCAGUACCACUAUAAAAAAAGAUUCUAUUAAUAGAAAGAAAGCUAAAGAAGCUAGAGAAUUAGAAAAUAUUAAAAGGCUUCUUGAAUCUGAAAAUCCAUUAAAUGAAGAAGCAAGAGGAUCAAAAUUUGCAGCAUCGUAUCUUCAAAAAUUGCAUUUAACAUUAGAAUUUAGUAAUCCAGAAAUCUUUCGAUCCGUGAUAAAAUUAUAUUUAGAUUAUUAUGAAAAAUUGGAGAGUAUUAAUCAAAUGGAAAAUGAGCUACCCUUUUCUAGUACAUCACAGUCUUUGCAGAAUGAAGAAAUUAAUGAAAUAAAUGCAAAGAAUAAAGACGCAAUUACUAUUAAUUUAUAUCGGAAUGUGUGUGAAAAAUUACACGAAUAUCCUGAGCUUUGUACAGACUUUUUGUUAUUUUUAAAGCCGCAUCAAGCUGCAAUGAUAGAUAAGUCAGUGGAGUAUAUAAUGCUUCAAAAAAUGAGCGAAUUUAUUAAUGUAGUUCAAAUAUAUUUUGCUAAACAACCUUCUCGUAUUGCAAAAAUAAUGCAAGCUAUUACACAACUUUCAUCUGAUCCUCAAACAACUUUAGAACAUGUUCAUACAGCCAUGAAUCCUAUACUUAAAGGACAUCCAUUAGUUAUGGAUUUAUUUUUACAAAUAUUACCUACCGCGAAACCACCAGAAAGUUUAUUUGCAUCGCAUAUGUUUGAAAAUUUAACAUGUCCAAUGGGGCCAUAUGAUAAAAAUAAAGUUUAUACAGAAGACGCCGCAGAAUUAUAUGAAAACGUUGAAUUAUCUGUGUUAGCAUCUCAGGAAGAUCCUUAUGGCGGAGAAAACUGCAGAUGCAAUUGCCAUAGCGGCGAUGACACUACUUUUAAGAAUAUUUCGGAACACUGUGUAUCUUGUGGUACAAGGUUUCUCAAUGGCAAAAUUUAUCUUCAAACAUCCGAAGGUCUAAGGCCUGCUAAAAUUAUUUUUCCUGGAGCUGAUGAAGAAAAAUUAGAAAAUCUUGCUCGUGUAUCUUUAAAAACGGUUGACAAAUUCGUUCCAUCUAUUUCCUCUAGACAACGAAGAAAAUCUUCCAAAAAUGAAUUCCAUUCUGAUGAACAAUUAAUGUCAAAAAGUUCAUCUACUAAAGAAAAUGAAGAAGGAGGAAAACUAAUAGUGAAAUCUAAGAAAAAUAUAAAGUCUCCAUCAAAAUCUGGAGAUCAAAAGAGAUGUUUGAAGAGAUCAGUUAGCGAGAUAGAUUAUAUGCAUGUAAAUACUAAAAGAAUACGUAUAACACAAUGUAAGAAUAAAAAGGAAAAGAAAAUUGAUAAAGAUAUGAAAGUGAAAGACACGAAUUCAUACGAUCUUGAGUAUGUGAAAGUUAAUGAAUCUUCGUGUGAAGAUUCGAAAGAUUCUGCAAAAGAGAUAACAGAGGACACAGCAUACGUAAAAGCUAAUGCGUUAGAUAAUAAUGUAAAUAAAAUUAAUUUAUCUAAUGAAAUAAGAAAUACUGUUAAUUUAAAUAUUAAUGUAAAUGCUGAACCAUGGACACGGCAAGAGGAUAUGAUACUACUGCAAACUAUUAAAAAGGAAUAUUCUGAAAAUUCAUUAGCUAUGGUUAGUAAAACAUUAGGAAAUCGUACAAUUGAUCAAGUAAAAGAAAGAUGUCAAACGCUUCUUCUGUUGUUAGAAAAGAUGAUGUAAGUUUAUACUGAAGUCUUAUUAUUUAUUUGUUUUAUUUUUGAAUAAAUAAAGGCAGUAUUUAUUUUAAGAAAAUACUAAAAUAAAGUAUUACUUCCUAUAAGAUAUCAGUUCUUUUUGUAAUCCAAUUUUAAUAAGAAUUAAAAUAUUAUUAAAAUAUCAAUAUUUAUAUGAACGUGAUUAAUUACUAAAAACCAAAACAUUUGUAUACGUAAUAUAGUAAAUAAAACUGUGUAUAUGAGAUAAUCUAUACGAUACGUUAUACAAAGUA